AUGAACAACACCGGGAACAAAGGUACACCUAUUGUAGAUACCUACGUCACCCCUCUUGUUCUCUCCGGCAUCGGCGUAAUAGCCAUGGUUCUUAUUAUUACAACCUUCUUCUUCAUCUUCUGGUGGCAAUACCUUAGGCCGCAUCGGGAUCAAACCAUUAACAACACAGCUUCUGGAAGUCCUGUAAAGAAUAAUGGAGUCGAUGAGGAUAUCCUCAAAAGGAUCCCUCUUAUUACCUACAACAAACGGUGGCAAAUAGAACCUGAAUGUUCUAUUUGCCUCGGCGAGUUGAAGGACGGGGAGGUGCUAAGGUUGUUACCCGCUUGCAACCAUGCUUUUCACGUUCCAUGCAUUGACGAAUGGUUCAAGGAGCACACCAAUUGUCCCAACUGUCGCUCGCUCAUCACCUGCGAAGGUGAUCAGGAGAUUGACGACCACUGGAUAAGGGUGGUCACGCAUGGUUAUGAUGACGAUCAUAAUAACAAUAAUAAUAGAGACACCGACAAUGGUGACGAUGAUGUUAGUAAAUCUUCCAAUUCAACAAACUCGAGAUUAGAACGACUUAAACACCCUAGUUCCGUACCAUUAUGUGACAUGAAGAACAAGCAAUGUUCCUUUGGGAGGAAGUUGAAGAGAUCCUUCUCUAUGGAUCAAUCAUAUCUAUGCGUUGCUGUUACCAUACAACAAAGAGAUCAUAGUGUUCAUCAUCAAGAACGAGAGGCUUCUGCCUCUUCUUCUUCGAGUAAUAGUAAAGGUAUUAUGAUGAUGAACCACUAUAAAUCAAGAUCAUUAUCAAUGAAGCAUAUUGAUCAAAUGUCUAGGGUGCUCGUAAGACCCCCCUCGCAAUUUCGGAAUGGUAGCUUUGGAUGA